CAUAGAUUAAUUACCAGUAACCGGAAACAAAAAUAAUUUCCGGCCUAGGGCGAGGCGGGCGGGGAGGGAGGAGUGCCGAGCAGGCGAGGGCGAGGCGAGUACAAACUCGCUGUCGCAGCCAUGCCCGCCUCUAUCCGCUCCUCCGCCCUUCUCCUCCUCUUUAUUACGGCGGAGAUGCGGAUUGGUUGAUUGAUUGAUUUGGGUUCCUUCUCCGACGGCGAGCGGGAGGUAGAGUGGGGGAGGGGGGGAGCCGGAGUGAGAUGCUGGAGGGCGAAUGUCAUCGCCGGCGGAGUCGACGAGCGGCGGCGGCGGCAUGAGCAUGAACACGGUGACCACGGUGAUGGCGUUCUCCGUCAGCGCCUUCUUCGUGCUCUUCAUCUUCGUCAGGCUGCUCUGCGCCCGCAUCCACCUCAGGGCCGGCCACUCCACCGCCGCCGCCGCGGCGGCGCACGCCGACGUCUUCCCGGCCUUCAACGUGGAGCGCGGCAUCCGCGGGCUGGAGCCGGCCGUGGUGACGACCUUCCCGACGGCCAAGUUCGGCGACGGCUCAAGGCCUCGCGCGGCGGCGCUGGAGGAAUCGCAGUGCCCGGUGUGCCUGGAGGAGUACGAGGCGAAGGACGUGGUGCGCGUGCUCCCCUCCUGCGGCCACGCCUUCCACGUCGCCUGCAUCGACGCCUGGCUCAGGCAGCACUCCACCUGCCCCGUCUGCCGCGCCUCCCUGCGCGCCGCCGCCGCCAAGCUGCCGCCGCCCGUCUACUGCCCCCCCGCCGCUCCCAGGCCGGCCGCCGCCAUCCCCGCUCUCCUCCGGCAGCAGCAGCAGCAGCAGCUCUCCGCCCCGUCGUCGGACGCAGCCGCGGCCGCAGCCAGCCGGCUGGAGAUCGUCGUCUCCGAUGAGCCCGCGGCCUCCUCUGCCACCGCACGGGCCGUACCUCCUCGUCCUCCUGCCGCUGCCUCCGAGCACUGCUAGUCUGAUUACGAGAUGUGUUUAGGAACAAUUAGGGACUAGUCGUUGUUUAAUUGUUAGCACUGUUUUCUCACAGGCCUCUGAUUUCCGGUUCUUGUUCGAGUCAGGCUAGUUAGUUUCUUCGCUUCUUUUUGUAUAUACUUGUACAUUCUUUGUUGUCCUCGCUGAAUUCAAAUGGCCUUGACGUCUUUGUCCUUUCAU